GAACAGAAUCCGAUAGCUUGUAUUCUUGCGCUAGUACGCUAGACGAUUGAACAUUUAAAUUCGGUAACAAUCUUACUGUAAGGUAUUAUCUUCUGUAUUGAAAAAAGAUAUCUCGCGAAUAUAUAGAUAUUUUUUUCAUAGAAUAUAUUAUCCAUCGUUUAAAUCGUAAUAACGUGAGGAAGUAAAACUUCCGCUUUUGGGGAACUAUUUCUGGUUAGGGGGGCGGCCUUUAGCGGCCAUGAUGGGUGUCAGCGGCGAGUAGUGACGGCAUUCGCUUUGCGUCAGUUGGUUUUGUGCGCUCUGAUGGUUAAUCAAAGGUUUUUCGAGAAUAAAAAGCGCACGAUAAGCCGGGAACGAUUGUAAAUAGACAAAAAACGAUUAAUCGGCCGCUGGAUAAUCCCAACGUAGUAUUUGCGGCGAUAUUAAUAAAAAAAGAAAAAGAAAAAGCAAAGGAAGGAAGAAAGAAAGAAAGAAAGAAAGAAAGAAAGACAGAAAGAAAAAUUAAUUUCCGAGGUAAUUCGUUGAAAAGUAAUCGUAAAAAUGACGCAGCUACUACCCAUAAGGUUUCAGGAACAUCUUCAGCUCACCGCUGUUGGAAUUAAUGCGAGCAAUGCCAGCUUCAACACGCUCACUAUGGAAUCGGAUAAAUUUAUUUGUGUUAGAGAAAAAGUGGGUGAUACUUCCCAGGUAGUUAUUAUUGAUAUGAACGAUUCUACCAAUCCUACUAGAAGACCUAUCUCAGCUGAUUCUGUUAUCAUGAAUCCUGCGAGCAAAGUUAUUGCACUCAAAGCUGUGAAAACAUUUCAAAUAUUCAAUAUUGAAAUGAAAUCAAAGAUGAAAGCCCAUACUAUGACAGAAGAUGUAGUGUUUUGGAAAUGGAUAUCUAUAAAUACUUUAGCACUAGUAACCGAAAGUGCAGUUUAUCAUUGGUCUAUGGAAGGAGAUUCCACUCCUACCAAGAUGUUUGAUCGCCAUUCAUCCUUAAAUGGAUGUCAAAUAAUUAACUACAGAACAGAUCCAAAACAGACGUGGUUAUUAUUAAUUGGUAUUUCUGCCCAGCAUAACAGAGUAGUGGGUGCAAUGCAACUUUACUCUGUAGAUAGAAAAUGUUCUCAACCGAUCGAAGGACAUGCGGCUGCUUUUGCACAGUUUAAAAUGGAAGGAAAUCCAGAACCUAGUAACUUAUUUUGUUUUGCCGUUAGAACGGUUCAAGGUGCAAAACUACACAUUAUAGAAGUAGGGCAACCUCCCUCUGGAAAUCAACCAUUUCCCAAAAAGGCUGUAGAUGUAUUUUUUCCACCAGAAGCAGGAAAUGAUUUUCCUGUUGCCAUGCAAGUUAGCUCUAAAUAUGAUGUCAUAUAUUUAAUCACAAAAUAUGGCUAUAUACAUAUGUAUGAUAUUGAAUCAGCGAUCUGUAUAUUUAUGAAUCGAAUUUCGGGAGAAACAAUUUUUGUUACUGCACCUCAUGAAGCUUCUGGUGGUAUAAUUGGUGUAAAUCGGAAAGGUCAAGUUUUAUCUGUAUCUGUGGACGAAGAGAAUAUCAUUCCAUAUAUCAACGGAGUUUUACAAAAUCCUGAAUUGGCUUUGAGGAUGGCAGUAAGGAACAAUUUGUCUGGAGCCGAAGACUUAUUUGUACGAAAAUUUAAUAUGCUCUUUCAAAAUGGGCAAUAUGCAGAAGCUGCAAAAGUUGCUGCAAAUGCUCCAAAGGGAAUUCUAAGAACUCCAGCCACGAUUCAACGAUUCCAGCAGGUUCCUGCUACACAAGGUCAAACUUCACCACUGCUUCAAUAUUUUGGAAUUCUGCUUGAUCAAGGACAAUUGAACAAAUAUGAAUCAUUAGAAUUAUGCAGACCUGUAUUGGUACAAGGUCGUAAACAACUUCUUGAAAAAUGGUUGAAAGAAGAUAAAUUGGAAUGUAGCGAAGAAUUGGGAGAUUUAGUAAAACAAGCUGAUCCUACUCUUGCUUUAAGUGUUUACUUAAGGGCUAAUGUACCCAACAAAGUUAUACAGUGCUUCGCUGAGACUGGUCAAUUUCAAAAGAUCGUUCUAUACGCCAAAAAGGUUUCUUAUACUCCAGAUUAUAUAUUUCUUUUAAGAAAUCUUAUGAGAAUUAAUCCUGAUCAAGGUGUAGCAUUUGCACAAAUGUUGGUUCAAGAUGCAGAGCCCUUAGCUGAUAUUAAUCAAAUUGUAGAUAUAUUUAUGGAGCAAAAUAUGGUUCAGCAAUGUACAGCAUUUUUAUUAGAUGCACUUAAAAAUAAUCGACCAAGCGAAGGAGCUUUACAAACACGCCUCCUGGAAAUGAAUCUAAUGUCUGCUCCACAAGUAGCCGAUGCAAUUUUAGGCAAUCAAAUGUUUACUCACUAUGAUAGAGCGCAUGUUGCACAAUUAUGUGAAAAAGCUGGUCUAUUACAACGUGCUUUGGAACAUUACACGGAUUUGUAUGACAUCAAGAGAGCAGUUGUUCAUACACAUUUAUUAUCACCCGAUUGGCUUGUAGGAUUUUUUGGUACAUUGUCUGUAGAAGAUUCUCUUGAAUGCUUAAAAGCUAUGUUAACGGCGAACAUAAGACAAAAUUUACAAAUUUGUAUUCAAAUUGCAACGAAAUAUCACGAACAAUUGACAACUAAAGCGCUAAUAGAUUUGUUUGAGAGUUUCAAAUCUUACGAAGGUUUGUUUUACUUCUUGGGAUCAAUUGUGAAUUUCAGUCAAGAUCAAGAAGUACAUUUCAAAUACAUACAAGCAGCAUGCAAGACAAAUCAAAUUAAAGAAGUUGAACGUAUAUGUAGGGAAAGUAAUUGUUAUAAUGCUGAACGUGUUAAAAACUUUUUGAAAGAAGCUAAGUUACCAGAUCAGUUACCUUUGAUCAUAGUGUGCGAUCGAUUUGACUUUGUGCAUGACCUAGUCUUAUAUCUUUAUCGAAACAAUUUACAAAAAUACAUAGAAAUAUAUGUUCAAAAAGUAAAUCCAUCACGUUUACCUGUUGUAGUAGGUGGUUUGUUAGAUGUUGAUUGUUCAGAAGAUAUAAUUAAAAAUUUAAUUCUUGUGGUACGAGGGCAAUUUUCUACCGAUGAACUCGUAGAAGAAGUUGAAAAACGAAAUCGACUGAAAUUAUUAUUGCCGUGGUUAGAAUCUCGUGUUCAUGAAGGAUGUGUAGAACCUGCUACUCAUAAUGCACUGGCAAAGAUUUAUAUUGAUAGUAAUAAUAAUCCAGAAAGAUUUCUCAAAGAAAAUCAAUUUUACGAUAGCAGAGUAGUGGGUAAAUAUUGUGAAAAACGUGAUCCACAUUUAGCUUGUAUCGCUUACGAACGUGGUCAGUGUGAUAGAGAAUUAAUAAGCGUGUGUAACGAAAAUAGUCUUUUCAAAAGCGAAGCCAGAUAUUUAGUAAGACGUAGAGAUCCUGAUCUUUGGGCUGAAGUUCUCUUAGAGGGUAAUCCAUACAAGAGACCAUUGAUCGAUCAGAUCGUUCAAACAGCAUUAUCAGAGACACAAGAUCCUGAAGAUAUAUCAGUCACCGUAAAAGCAUUCAUGACGGCCGAUUUGCCAAACGAGUUAAUAGAACUUCUCGAGAAGAUAGUACUCGAUAGCAGCGUAUUCAGUGAUCAUCGUAAUUUACAGAAUCUCUUGAUCUUGACAGCAAUAAAGGCUGAUCGCACACGCGUUAUGGAAUAUAUUAAUCGUUUAGAUAAUUAUGAUGCGCCUGACAUUGCCAAUAUUGCUAUCAAUAAUGAACUUUACGAAGAAGCUUUUGCGAUCUUCAAGAAAUUUGAUGUUAAUACAUCAGCUAUACAAGUUCUUAUUGAACAAGUAAACAAUCUCGAUAGAGCAUAUGAAUUUGCAGAGAGAUGUAACGAACCAGCUGUUUGGUCGCAAUUAGCUAGAGCACAAUUACAACAGGGUUUAGUCAAAGAGGCUAUUGAUAGUUUCAUUAAAGCUGAUGAUCCGUCAGCAUACGUUGAUGUGGUAGAAACUGCUCAUCGUACUUCCCAUUGGGAAGAUUUGGUUCGCUAUUUACAAAUGGCACGUAAAAAAGCACGCGAAUCGUUCAUAGAAAGUGAAUUGAUUUAUGCAUACGCUCGUACCAACAGACUUGCCGAUUUGGAAGAAUUUAUUUCUGGGCCUAAUCAUGCCGAUAUACAAAAGAUUGGCGAUCGAUGUUUCGAAGAUAAAAUGUAUGAAGCAGCAAAACUUUUGUAUAACAAUGUAUCAAAUUUUGCUCGAUUAGCUAUAACAUUAGUUCAUUUGAAAGAAUUUCAAGGAGCUGUGGACAGUGCUCGCAAAGCUAACUCCACGCGUACUUGGAAAGAAGUUUGUUUUGCUUGCGUAGACAGUGGAGAGUUUAGACUAGCACAGAUGUGCGGGUUACACAUUGUUGUCCAUGCUGAUGAACUAGAAGAUUUAAUCAAUUAUUAUCAAGACAGAGGACAUUUUGAAGAAUUGAUUAAUCUUUUGGAAGCUGCCUUAGGAUUAGAAAGAGCUCAUAUGGGAAUGUUUACAGAAUUAGCCAUAUUGUAUAGUAAAUACAAACCUCAAAGAAUGAGAGAACAUCUUGAACUCUUUUGGUCACGUGUUAAUAUACCAAAGGUUCUUCGUGCAGCCGAACAAGCACAUUUAUGGGCAGAACUUGUAUUUUUAUAUGAUAAAUAUGAAGAAUAUGAUAAUGCAGUGUUAGCAAUGAUGCAGCAUCCUACCGAAGCUUGGCGCGAGGGACACUUCAAAGAUGUAAUUACUAAAGUGGCAAAUGUUGAACUAUAUUAUAAAGCUAUACAAUUUUAUGUUGAGUAUAAACCACUGCUGCUAAAUGAUAUACUGCUUGUACUCGCACCACGAAUGGAUCACACAAGAGCAGUUGCAUAUUUCACAAGGACUGGACAUUUGCAAUUAGUGAAACCUUAUUUGAGAUCAGUUCAAGCACUUAAUAAUAAAGCAAUUAAUGAGGCUUUAAAUGGCUUGCUCAUAGACGAAGAGGAUUAUCAGGGCCUGAGAACAUCGAUAGAUGCGUUUGAUAAUUUUGAUAAUAUUGCGUUAGCACAACAAUUGGAAAAGCAUGAAUUAAUUGAGUUCAGAAGAAUUGCUGCAUAUUUAUACAAAGGAAAUAAUCGAUGGAAACAAUCCGUAGAGCUUUGUAAAAAAGAUAGAUUGUUCAGGGAUGCUAUGGAGUAUGCUGCAGAAUCUCGAGAUGCAGAAGUUGCUGAAGCACUAUUAGAAUGGUUUUUGGAAAGAGGUUCAAAAGACUGUUUCGCAGCAUGUUUGUUCCAUUGUUACGAUUUGCUUCAUCCAGAUGUUAUCUUAGAACUAGCGUGGAGACAUCGUAUAUUAUCUUUUGCUAUGCCAUAUCUUAUUCAAGUAGCACGCGAAUACAUUACUAAGGUAAAGGUCGAUAAGUUAGAAGAGGCAGAAAGUCGUCGAAUUGAAGAAACUGAUCAUCAGGAACAUAAACCUAUGAUCAUGCCGGAGCCUCAAUUGAUGCUAACUGCAGGACCUGGUAUGAUGGCACCUGGCUAUGCACCUCAAAAUGUAUAUGCUACACCUCCACAAAGUGUGUAUGCACCUCCUGCAGCCGCUUAUCAAGGGUAUGGUAUGUGAGAUAUACUAUGCAAUGUAUCAAACAAAGCAGGUCAACAAAGUCUACUUUUCUAUAAAAUUUAGGUAAAACAAGAUUAUUUUAUUAGAUUGUAGUCAUAAUUAAUUGCUGAAGAAAAAAAAAAAAGAAAAUAUGAAAAAAAAAAGUGUUAGAAGAAAAAUACUGUUGUAUUGAAAUCUCAUUGUAACACAAUGAAAAUAAUAAGCGCAAGCGCAAAAUUAUUUUCAAGCAUUCUACUGUUUAUAUUAAAUCUUGUAAACAUUUCUUAAAUUGUUAAAUGUAUUACUAACAACCGGAUUAAACAGUUUCAUUUUUAAAUAAGAAGCACCCCAUAUUGCAAACUAAGUAUUAAUUAAUAUAAAUAUUUUAAAGAAAAUACAAUGACAAAUAUGUACGAUAUGGUAUAAAUAUUUUCUAAUAUCAUAUUGUCAGUUCUAUAGUUCAUUAUUAAUUGUUUCAUGUUAUUAAAUGCAACGUAGUAAGAAAUAACGUAGCGUUGUAUACUACUAUGUUGAAAAAGGAGAUAAAAAAUUUGAUUGAUGUAUUAAUGUUUGUACAAUUUAGUUUACACAAAUUAAUAUUACAUUUAUAUAUGGCCGUCUCUAUUAUGUUGUACUAUAAAUUUAUAUUUAUUGAAUUUCUUUCUUUCAUGCUAUGAAGUGCUUCCUUUGAUUAUAAAAUAUAUUAAUGUGAGCGCAUGCAAGAUUUUCUUUUAAGUGAAUUUUAUACUCAUGUUAAGUUAAAGAUUCCAAGAACAGUAAAUUGUUAAUGUCAUAUAUACAUAUUGUUCUCAGUUUAUUCAAAAACAUUAUUAUUUAAAUAAUUGGAGAUAAAUUUUAAUUUAUUAUAUACUAUGUUUCCUUUUUUUUUUUUUUUUCUUACAUAAUUGGAGAGAAGUUUCCGAUACAUCAUUAUAAUAGUAGGAUAUAUUGCGAAGCAUAUAUAUAGUUAUUGAAAAAGGGAAUUUAAAAUAUAACUAUGAUUGCCUGGAUGUAACAGCGCUAUGACAUAUUUGAAGAUUUACAUAUUGUAUGUGUAGCACGUUUUAUAUAUAUGUAUAAUAUAUAUAUAUUAUAUAUAUAUAUAUAUAUAUAUAUAUAUAUAUGUUGGUAAUAAGACGCGAAAAGAAGCUUUAUAAUAUUGCCUAAUAAAAAAUAAGGUUCAUCAUUAAAAAAAAAAAUUUCUGUUUAUCCUGUGAAAUCAAUCGGAUUGUAAAAUGUCUCAUUAUCAUAUUGAUGUAUCGAUAUGUAUUUAUUCGAUUGUAUAUUCACAUCUCUGUUUAUUAUAUACAACAUUUUUACUUCUAGCCAAGAAAUAUGGCAAUAAAUUAUACACAAAGAAUAUAAAUAAAAUUGUCUACGUGUAUGCAAGUGUAAUAGGGUAAAAGAGAUUAUUUCUUAAUUCGUUGUAUGAACAUUCAGUCUUUAAUGUUUUUUACUUAUUCCGUGCAUGAAGAGACUACUACGUUUCUUAUUUUAACUAUUAAAUUUACAUUGUUACACACUUAUAGUAUUUAUAAUUAUUCAAACAAAAUAGAUUUUUAAAGAGAUAGCAAAAUAUCUAGUUAUAAUUCAAUCAUGACAUUAACUUGUUGAUCAAUUUAUGUUCUAUGUACAAAACAUUUAAUAUUUGAUUCAAUGUACAAUAUGUGAUUUUAUCUUUAUCUAUUUCUAUACAUUGGUAUCUCUGGCACAUCUUACAUGUCACGUUCCUGAAAGGUCUAUUUCACAACAUUAAAACAUCUCAAUUAAGAUUUUUGCGUUUCAUAGAUCACAAAGAAAAACAUUGUAAUAUCUCGAAAACCUUGUCGUACAUCAAAGAUAUUAAACGAAAGUUCUCUAAAAUGAAAUAUUUCAAGGUAAAAUAUAGGGCACAAUAUAUUUAAAUUUUAUUUAACAUUUAGGAUCAGAGAUAAUGUUCUGAUGUAUUUGUAAUUGUACAACUUUCGUUUAGUGUCCAAAUAUUAGGAAUAUGUGUUAAGUCAAGGUGAUACAAAUGAGAAUGUUUAACAUUUCCAAAAAUUAGUUCGUCCUUUUCCAAGUUAAAUAGUAAACAAAUUCUAUAUCGUUUAAUAUUUUUAUUUUAUGUGUUAAUUUGAUUGGGGAUUAUUAUAGUAUUAAUAUCAUAACAUUCUAUUAUUAUUAAUUUUGAUCAAGUAUUGAUACACUGAAUUGAAAAUAGAAUUGGUUAAUAAUUAUAUAUAUAUACAUAUACAUAUAUAUAUGUAUGUAUGUAUAUAAUUAUAUAUCGUACUGCUAUUCAAUGUAACAUGUAAGUAGUAUAUAUAUACAUAUAUUAUAUCGUAUUCUAUAUCAGAGUGAAUGGUAUAAGAAAAAUAAAUAAUUCUAAUAACUAUAAUAAAUGAUAUAAGUCCAUGCGCCAAAACCAAUGGAAUUGUAAUUUGUGGCAAAGAAAGUUCACAAUGAUAUUUUAAUGAAAAGCAAUCUUUAUUAAAAGUUGCCUUAUUAUUUUGCUCAUAGCAUACAUAGCAUGGGCUAAUUAUAUUAUGUAUAUUUAAAUGAUACAGUAGGAUAAAGAUAUGAAAUUUAAAAAAAAAAAAAAAUUAAUAAAAUAUAAAAUAUAUUAUUUAUUAGGUAAAAUACGUUCUGAGAUAGUGAAAAUGUAGAAAUACGAUGCUCACGCUUCAAGUAUUUUAAUAACUUAUUAUUGUAUCAGCUAUUAUAUAAUAGAUGUUUUUGUGAACAUGCU